AUGAAGACUUCGAUAUCAUCAGACGUGUGGGAGAAGAAGAAGGCCCUCAUUGCCAAACUGUAUAUGGAGGAGGAAUGGCCACUCAAGCAGGUCAUUAAGCAGAUCCGUUCAGACGAUUUCAACCCAAGUGAAACACAAUUGCGCAGCCGCCUCAAGAAAUGGCGUGUUACAAAACCCUCCCGCCAAACUCGCAAGAAGCCUCAGGGCGUAGAUGAUGAUUUCGACAAGGAUGGAAGAUCCUCUACGGCCUCUCCUCGCAAUCAGAAACGAUCGCCGAUUCUAAGAGAUGCGGGCAAACACCCGGAGUGGGCGCAUCCUCUCUGUGCGCCUCAGCCUCACGUCGUUUCUCAACAAUUGACUCCCAGCCCAUCGGGCGAUGGUUUAAUUCGCGAUCACUCGGCCAUAUUUGCCGAUCCCAGUCCAUCCACUUCUUUCGAGCACCCCGGUCAAACAUCCACAGCGGCCCCAGGCUUAAUGGUCAACACUUCCUCCGUUGUGACUCCGACCUAUUCGACUCUCCCACUUUCACCCGAGUCAUGUCUCCCUAGCCCGGGAGCAACAAAUGCUCAAAUGGCCCAGUGGCCUCCUCGUUCGGUCUCUCUCGACUUGGGUCUUAACCAACCGAUGCAUCCCCGGCCCCUUGCUUCUGCCUCGGGAUACAUGAUUCCCCCCCCAGGAAUGUUUCCUCAAGAAUUCACUCACUAUCCCGGAGAAGAUUACCAAAUUUACGACGCAAAGCCGUGGAAGCGCACCAUGUCUCUGAACUAUGAUUACGGUCAACAUCAACAUCACCACGGCUAUGGUCGCCCUGAUCACUCCGACAGAAAGUACCACCACCAAGCAGCCUACCACCAUCCCCACGGCGACAUGGUUUCUCUCCCGCCUAGUCAACCGGUGAUGUGCGCGCCCAUGAUGCCGUACUCCAACUAA